GGUGCCCGCCUGGGGUCGGGCAAGAUGGUCUUCUCGCUGGCCACGGCGCUCAACUCAGAGUUCAGGGAGACGCGCACCAACGAGAAGGUGGAGAUGAUGGAGCUCAACGACCGCUUCGCCAGCUACAUUGAGAAGGUCCGGCUCCUGGAGCAGCAGAACAAGGUGCUGGUGGUGGAGCUGAACCAGGCGCGGGACCAGGAGCCCUCGCGUCUGGCCGACGUCUACCAAGAGGAGCUACGUGACCUGAGGCGCCACGUGGAGCAGUUGGCCACUGCCAAGGCCCGUCUGGAGAUCGAGAGGGACAACCUUGCCGAGGACCUCGGCAGCCUCCAGCAGAAGCUGCAGGACGAGGUGACCCUGCGGCUGGAGGCAGAGAACAACCUGGCUGCCUACAGGCAGGACGUGGACGCUGCCUCCUUGGCUCGUCUGGACUUGGAGCGGCGGGUGGGGACCCUGCAGGACGAGAUCGCCUUCCUCCGCAAGGUCCACGAGGAG